UAGUAGUGCCUUAGUCUUUUUUUCUUUUUGUUAGCUCUGCCUUUUUGGCUCCUAUUGUACUACAUCGCAAGUUCUCUGGUACUGCGUCACAAGUUAUUUGUUCCCAGAUGACUGGGUUGUACAUUUGCUGGAGUUCCGCGCGUUCAGUGAUGACCUAUCAUACCGCCCCAGUCUGAGUUGCUGUGACUGAAUGGUUUCAAUGUUCUGACCACUGACGACCGUUAGAUUUGCAAACGCUGCUAUUGGCACGUGCUGAUAUUCGAUCGCCGUUUGUAGUGUGGAUCAGCACCGAAUGGCUGCGGACUGGAGCUCGCCUUGCCUUCUGGGCUGGUCACGUGACAGAUCGGUGACCAAUAGUGGACUUCGGAAUGGGUGGCGGUUGCGGCGUGGUUACUCCCCGGAUGAAGUAAUGUGUGCACAGGGCCGGCGGUCCAGAGACGUCUCUCCGUCACAGCCGCAGCACCUGCCCCGGACCCGGUUGCUGUCGGGACUCGGCUCCAUCCCUUUCGUAACACGGGACUCGGCUUCUGUCUGGACCCGACUCCAUCCCCGUUCUAACGGGCGGGACAGUCUGCCCUCUCUCCGUCCCUCCGUCUCUCUUCAGGCAGACAGGUGAGUGCUGCUCAGUCUGUCGUGU